AUGAUCAGCGAGCCCGAGCUUGUGGAUGGCACUGGUGUGCUAUCCUUCUCUAUCAAAACGGAGUUCAUCGUCAAGGUGAAUGUCGUCGCAGCAUUUGGCCAGCGGGCGCCAAAUCUUUCGUAUCUCCAGAAGAUGCGCGCCGUUCACGAGGAAAUCACCGAAUACCUGAGACGAUUCGGAGUGAAGAUGAACGAAUAUCGGGCCUACGAAGGCGAUUUACGAUCCUGGGUCGUGGAAAGAGGAAGUGCCGUCAACAUCAACGACGUGGACGAUGUUGACAAUGGCUCGGAGGAGUGGGGCUUUUUUGAAGUCAGACUGGGGACUCCCGUGUUCCCUUAUUAUCGAGCGUCUUUUUUUGACAUCGAUCGAGUCCUCACACUGAUCAAAGACGAGUAUACCACUACCAUCAACAAAUCCUGCGCCAUGACCGUUUACGUCGGACACAUUGCGGAGGAGCCAUACUCGCAAUCCUACCAGAGCUGUGGUUUCAGUUUGCCCGCGGUGCAGACAUUGUUACAGUUUGCCUGGAAAUACGAGGCACAAAUCAACGCGAUGCAUCCCGAGCAUCGUAUCUGGGGAAACCCUCGCUGCUUGCCCCCAAGCAAAAUGCUUGAGUACAUGCGGUCAAGAACAAUCAUGGACUCGAUCUGGGCAUGCAACGACGUCAAUAGCCUUCAUAGGCUCUGGGAAGGUGGUCUGAGCGCCGAGCAGAUUCGAAAUGAAGUAGCUGCUUACAGCAUUCGCGGACUGACCCGUACCGCCAGCCCGAACAUCCAUAACGGGACGAUUCGAUUCGGUCAACAUCAAGCUUCACUCGAGUACGACGUCGUCAAGAACUGGGUGUGGUUUAUUGGUAGUCUCGUGCAGGUUUCGGUUGAGCGUGGCCCAUGUGGUAUUCCGCUUACACUCAUGGGGUUGGGUGGCUACGCGAGCCAAGUUACGUUGGACGAGGUUUCGCCGCUUCAGUUUAUACAGGAGAUCGCGAUGAAAGAUCAGUACUGGUAUUACAAAGAGAAUCUUGCGGAUGAUUAUGGUGAUGUCUUUUGA